AUGUCAUGGUGUUACAAGCGCGCCCGCGAAAAGAGCUCUCGAGUAACCCGAGAAAACGUAUGCACCUCACUCAGAGUAGCGCUACGCAACAAUUGUGCAUGCAGAAAUUGGGUCAAAGGCAUGGCCGAGCUCUAUCUCCCUCUGUUUACCUUCGACAAAUACGACUCCGAAAGCAUCAUGCAUUAUCCCAGCGCCAUUGGGGGUAAACAAGAGAAGUGUGAGCUCUACAGCGGCGAGGAGGAUACGGCUGAGUGCCCGAUUCAACAGUACAAGAACUUUGAGGAUCAUAGUCAAGGGACUACAAAGAUGACGCCGAACUUGCAUCCGUCUGCGCAGGACAUAGCGUGGGUUAAGAAGGUAUAUGCUUAUGAUGACAAGGGUGAGGCGUGA